AUGCGGCUGACAUCCUUCUCCUUCCUCUCUGGCUUGGCCGCGCUCGGGCUCCUUGCGUUCCCGGCACUGGCAGAGGAUGAAGCGGAAAACGUCGUCAAGCCCACAUAUUUCGACUCUGUUAUGGUGCCUCCCUUGACAGAAUUGACGCCGGACAACUUCAAAGAGGUGGCAAGCAAUACCAAAUGGCUUUUUGUGAAGCACUACAGUCCGUAUUGCCACCACUGCAUCAGCUACGCCCCGUACUUCCAGACAACCUACGAAUACUACUACACAUCCAAGCCGGAAGGAGCUGGCGACAAGAGCUUCACCGACUUUUACGAUUUCAAAUUUGCUGCCGUGAACUGCAUUGCCUACAGCGACCUUUGCGUUGAGAAUGGCGUCAAGUUAUACCCCACUACGAUUCUAUAUGAGAACGGCAAGGAGGUCAAAUCCGUGACGGGAGGCCAGAACAUCACCUUUCUGUCUGGAAUUAUCGAAGAAGCUCUGGAGAAGUCGAAACCUGGAUCUCGGCCCAGGUCUCUCGCCCUGCCCCUGCCAGGCGAGAAAGAGAGCCCCGAGUCUGAGCCCGAGACAGCCCUAAAGAGCGGAACCGAGGGGAAGAAGCCCAAGAAGCCAGUUGCCACGCCCAACGAAGAUGGAGUGUCAGUUUCCCUGACGGCCGAAAACUUCCAGCGCCUGGUGACAAUGACCCAGGAUCCCUGGUUCAUCAAGUUCUACGCGCCCUGGUGCCCCCAUUGCCAGGACAUGGCGCCUACCUGGGAGCAGCUAGCGAAGAGCAUGAAGGGCAAGCUCAACAUCGGAGAGGUCAACUGUGACAAGGAGUCGCGAUUGUGCAAAGACGUCGGUGCGCGGGCGUUUCCCACUAUUCUGUUCUUCAAGGGCGGAGAGCGCUCAGAGUACGAGGGGCUCCGAGGCCUAGGCGACUUUAUUCAGUAUGCCGAAAACGCCGUCGACCUUGCCAGCGGAGUGCCCGACGUGGACUUGGCAGCAUUCAAGGCCCUCGAGCAGAAGGAAGAUGUCAUCUUUGUCUACUUCUACGACCACGCCACCACAUCGGAGGACUUCAAUGCCCUCGAGAGGCUACCCCUGAGUCUCAUCGGACAUGCCAAACUGGUCAAGACCAAGGAUCCCGCCAUGUACGAGCGCUUCAAGAUCACGACUUGGCCGAGAUUCAUGGUCUCGCGGGAAGGCCGUCCUACUUACUACCCUCCUCUCACUCCCAACGCAAUGAGGGAUACCCAUCAAGUUCUGGACUGGAUGAGAUCGGUCUGGCUUCCCCUGGUCCCUGAACUGCUGGUUACCAACGCCCGCCAGAUCAUGGAAGGCAAGAUUGUUGUCCUCGGCGUCCUGAACCGAGACGACCAGGAAUCCUUCCAGGGUGCGCUUCGAGAGAUGAAGAGCGCAGCCAACGAGUGGAUGGACAGGCAGAUUCAAGAAUUCCAGCUCGAGCGGAAGAAGCUGCGAGACGCGAAGCAGAUGAGGAUUGAAGAAGCCGAGGACCGAGACGACCAGCGCGCCUUGCGGGCCGCCAAGGCUAUCCAUGUUGACAUGAGCAAUUCUGGACGGAGAGAAGUAGCCUUUGCGUGGGUCGACGGCGUAGCGUGGCAGCGCUGGAUCCGGACCACGUAUGGCAUUGACGUCAAGGAUGGAGAAAGAGUCAUCAUCAAUGACCAAGAUAACCGCAAGUACUGGGACAGCACCGUGACGGGCAACUACAUCCUCGUCAGCCGCACGUCCAUCCUGGAGACGCUCGACAAGGUCGUCUACACCCCGCAGGCCCUCAAGCCCAAGCUCACCAUUUCUUCCUUUGAAAAGAUCUUCUUCGACAUUCGCGUCUCCUUCACCGAGCACCCUUACCUGACCCUGGGCUGCAUUGUCGGCAUUGCCUUUGGCGUCUUCUCCUGGCUGCGCGGCCGCUCUCGUCGUGGACGCGGCCACUUCCGGCUCGAGGAUUCAAUCAGCAUCCGAGAUUUCAAGGAGGGCUUCCUUGGUGGAUCUAACGGUAACACUAAGGCCGACUGA